AUGGCUCUUCAUGCUGACUGCCUGGUCUUGCCGUCGCAGGAGAUAGGAUCAGAACGAUUCUAUCAGCGUAAGACUGGUGCUCCGUCAGCUGUUCACCACCAGAGCGACGUUCCCCUUCCCUAUUUUGCACAUCAACAACUCGACCCUAGGUACUUUCCAGAAGAGAUUGGCCUACCUGUUGGGGGCCCAAAAUCGCCAGGUGAAGGAGGAGAUCAGGCAUGGGAAGAUGAUGACAGUGAUGCGGCGGCGGAUGUCGAGUCUGACGCAGACAAUGACUUAUUCCUGGAGAACACGACCAAACCCAAACCUCGUCGCAAGUCUAAACCCGCUGCCAAACUUGCUGAGGCUGCAGAUGUCAAGCACUUGAAGAUGCCUGGAGGCCGUCCAGCUGUUGCAAAGAAGGUCACAGCUGAUCUGGAUUCUGACGAUGAGAUAAUCGUUCGCAUGAAGGAGGCUCACUUCUUGGAACGAGAUAUCGCACAGGCCCUCAUCGAUCAAGGUCGUACAGCGUACAAUCCAAAGACAAUUGGAACUCGCUGGAGACGUCUGAAAAUGGCAUUGCAGAAGAGACAGGACGAAUUGCUGGAUGCAGACCUGACUGACUGGCACGACGGCGAUGACGAUGUUUUAGUUCAAGCGGUUCUCAAGGCGGACAAGGAGACCAAGAAGGCGAUCGAAGAUGCAGAAGCAAGAAAGUGGCGCAUCGUGGCCGACAGAAUGAAAACCGUCAAGCCCGUUCUCAACUUCUCGCACAAGGCUUGCCGUGAGAGGUAUGAGGCACUGAUGAAUGGCACCGCCAAACCAACUCCUGAGUCCAUUCCGAAUCCGACCCCCGACAUUGUCGAACGCAUUCAGUCACGAAAGGACAAAGAGCGCAAGAUCGCCCAAGACCACCACAUGGGCACAAAUGAGAAGGAGAAUGUGCAGGCCAAUGGGUGGACUUCGAGGAGGCGCACUUAUUUCUAG